AUUUGGAUCUCGUGAUCCUGUUUGAAGAUGGCGGCUCCGCCUGACGAGCAGAGUUUAGAGUCCCGUAUCAACAAAGCUACUAACCCUUUAAACCGAGAGACUGACUGGGAGAGUAUUCAACUGUUCUGUGACCAACUCAGCAAUGAACCUGAAGGUCCACAGUUGGCGACCAGACUUUUGGCUCACAAGAUUCAGUCCCCUCAGGAGUGGGAGGCCUUACAGGCGCUCAUGGUUCUAGAAACAUGUGUGAAAAACUGUGGGAAAAGGUUCCAUAAUGAGGUGGGGAAGUUCCGUUUCCUGAACGAGCUUAUCAAAGUGGUCUCCCCUAAGUAUCUUGGUUCUCGAGCCCCCCAGCCAGUGAAGAAAAAAGUUUUAGAAAUGAUGUACAGCUGGAGUGUCAGUUUACCAGAAGAAACAAAGAUAUCUGAUGCUUACCAAAUGCUUAAGAAACAAGGUAUUGUAAAACAGGACCCAGAUCUUCCUGAUGACAAGCCACUCCCCCCUCCACCGCCCAGGGCCAAGAACGCCAUCUUUGAGGAUGAGGAGAAAUCAAAGAUGUUAUCCCGUCUUCUGAAUAGCUCACACCCUGAGGACCUGCGAGCUGCAAACAAACUAAUCAAGGAAAUGGUUCAGGAGGAUCAGAAGCGUAUGGAAAAGGUGUCGAAGAGGGUGAAUGCUAUUCAGGAGGUGAAGGAGAGUGUUGGGCUUCUCACACAGCUCCUGGGAGAUUACAGCAAAGAGACUAGCUCACACAACGAGGAGCUCAUCAAGGAUCUGUACCAGCGCUGUGAGAAGAUGAGACCUACUCUGUUCAGACUGGCCAGUGAUACUGAAGACAACGAUGAAGCUCUCGCGGAGAUCUUGCAGGCAAAUGACAGCCUAACGCAGGUGAUCAACCUGUACAGGCAGCUGGUGACGAGAGAGGAGGUGAACGGAGACACCGACAGCACGGCCAGACUCACAGGCAGCAGUACAGCGCUACUGGACCUGACAGGACUGGACACUUCCUCUACAGCUCAGUGUUUAUCUGAAUUUCCCUCUCAGACGCUGCCGUCACAGGAGCUGAGCCUCAGCCUUCUGGACGAUGAGCUCAUGUCACUGGGCUUGACUGACAUUGAACCUAACAUGGCACCUUCCCAGUCAGACACCACGACGUGGAACACCUUUCAGUCAUCAGAGUCUGUAGACACACCUGUUGCAGCGGUCUCUUCGAUGCUGUUGCCAGUGGGAUGUGCCACCAAGACUCCUGUGACAUCAACUAAAGCCCUAGAUGAGUUAGACAUGUUGGGUAAAACCCUCCUGCUGCAGUCUCUACCCCCUGAGAGUCUUCAGGUCAAAUGGGACAAACUUCAGUCUUGUUCCAAACCCACCCUACGAGACCUUCAGAUCAAGUCUGGAAACAACUCUGCAUCGACCCCUAGCCCCAUGUUGACUUUUGAGCCAGGAGCUCACCUGAAUUCACAGCCUACCGCAGGCGUCACUCCAGCCUCGACCCCCCAGGAUGACAUAUCAUUAGCUAAUGUGACUGUGCCCCUGGAGUCUAUUAAACCUAGUACCUUGUUGCCCGAGACUAUCUUCGAUAAACACAGCCUUCGGGUUUUGUUCCAUUUUGCAAGAGAGUCUCCACCAGCCCGGCCGGAUGUAUUGGUUGUUAUAAUCUCCAUGUUGUCCUCUGCCCCUGUGCCCAUCACAAACAUACGAUUCCAGGCUGCCGUUCCUAAGACUAUGAGAGUGAAGCUCCAACCACCAUCAGGAUCAGAUUUACCUGCCUUCAACCCGUUACUGCCCCCUGCUGCCAUCACACAAGUCCUGCUGUUAGCCAACCCUUACAAGGAGAAUGUGCGGUUGCGAUACAAACUGACAUUUGAUAUAGGAGAAGAAUCACAUGACGAAAGUGGAAAUGUAGAGCAGUUCCCUCCACCAGAGACCUGGGGAACCCUUUAGAGGAACAGACUAAUUUUCUGCUCCCUCUGCUUCCUCAUGGCAGUUCAUAUUGAGAUUUUGUCAAUGGAUCUGGCUUUCGUCUCUCUUUGUCCUCUCAUCUCAAGGCCUCCUCUCGGUGUUUCUUAUGAGAUGAACUGUUUUAAACUCAAAGUUCUUCUAUUUUUUUUUCCUGCUCCAUCUGUGCAAUGUUUUCUAACAUGUCAGGCCUUUUUCUGGGAACUUUAAAUGUUUGUGUGUUUGCUUGUACUUGUUUGAAAUUGAAAAAAGGGGAGUUUUGUGGUCACUAAGAUUACUUGAGAAGCUGUAAUGAGGUUGUAGGACUGAUUCAUUUUCAACACUGAAUGGUUCACUUUCAUAUAUAUAUAUAUUGAUUAAUAAGUUUAUAGCUUAUUUUCCUUGAUCAUCAUAUUUGAGUUUAAUUAUCGAGCUGUAUGUGCUUUUAUUGAUAACACACCAAACAAAAAAGUCCAUUCCUCAACGAGAGCUCCAAAUUAAUCUAUAUUGCAACCCUUCGAUCAUCCAUUAUGAUUUCUGUGUGUAAUACUUUUCAUGAUGAUUUAUUCCAGAAUUCCCAGUGGGAAAAACAUCCACUCUGAAGUGGUUUAAAUCUACCACACAUGCCUGUUCAGAUGUCCUUCAUGCUAGUGUGAAUAACAUGUGUGUUUGGUGCUUGUUUUUAGUUUAGCAGUAAAACAGAAGCAUUUAACACAGUAUUUCUUUAUUAUUUUAUUAGACUUUCUCUGGGGGUUCACAACUUAAUCUUGACUCAAACGUGAAGUACACAGUAAUGAUCACUUGUAUUGUCUGACCUAGAAACUAUUCAUCUUUCACUUGCUUUUCCUAAAUUAUGUUGCAGAGAUCAUUUGGAUAUUUAAUGGUACCUCUGUGAUGAUUUAAGUAUAAUCAGGAUCAUCUACUAAUUAUCUUACAGUAAAACUGAAAUGUGCUCCAAAAGUUGCCUAAACAUAUCUAGUGAGAAAAUGUGGCGCCAUAGAUACUCGUAUGGGUCUGAACCGCUGCAGAUCUAUGAUAGUUAUCCAGUUGCAUCCCAGAUAAAAUCCUUUCAAUUAUUUUCCACCUGACAAACUGUAAAUAAUAUCGGUAUUGCUAUUGUGUACAUUUGCCAAAAACGAAUAUGAAGCGACA